AUGUACACUCAUAAGUUGUACAUCGUGAAAGUUGAUGCAAUAUCAAUACGUUUUAUGAUCGGAAAAAACCGACAANCACCAAGCAUUAAUCGUAUAAAUGACUUGUUUCAAAGAUCACGCAACGUCGCUGUUUUUAUACCAAUGAAAUUUUUACAAAAAUAUCCAAACAUGAGUUUAGAAUGGGUUGAAUACGUAGGUUUAACAUUCAAUUUUCUGGAAGUAGCGUGGAAACUGGUACGAGGUGUUAUGAAAUUUGUACAUAAAAUAAUCAAGACAAUAUGGAAUAAAACUGAAAAAGACGUUCGUAAUAAAUAUGACGAAGUCAAAGACGAAGGAGAAAAUUUUAAAGUAGCUUUUACAUUACGAAUUAAUGAGCAAAAUAUUGCUAAACGAAGAAAAGAAGUCGAAGCUUCGCUCACAUCCACUGAACUUGAUAAGCUUGAUUCGUUAAUUCCUUGA